UUACACAACCUGGGUUCAUAAUCAGCACGCAAGUCUGGCACCCGAAACUGUAAGUGAAACACAGUGACACUUCUGCUUAUCAGUCUUACCUGAAAAACUACAAUUCGCACACUGGAUUUGGAUGUUUAGAUUUAAAUGUUCUUUUCGGUACAACAACAGUGUUCAUGAAGGAGGGGUUCUCGGCACUUGUGACUGUCGUCCGAGGUGGCGGACGAAGCGCGCGGCACCGGCACACAGAACGUCGUCCAUAUCCGGUAUGGAGGAGGAGGGCGCGCGGCCGCUCUUCUCGUUCGGCGUCAUCGCCGACAUCCAGUACGCCGACAUCGACGACGGUUACAACUUCGUGUGCACGAGACGCCGCUACUAUAGACACAGCCUAAAGCUGCUGCGAAGAGCCAGCGACUCGUGGAAGUCUGAGUCGCCGCGGCCCAGCUUCGUGCUCCAACUCGGUGACAUCAUCGACGGGUUUAACAAGAAGCAUGACGCGUCGCGGAAGGCGCUCGACGCGGUCCUGCGUGAGCUGAACAACGACGGCGCCGCGGCCGUGCACCACGUGUGGGGAAACCACGAGUUCUACAACUUCAGCAGAGAAGAGCUCUCCGCAUCCGCGCUGAACAGCAAGGGGGUCUGCGGGGCGGAGGAGGGCGCCGCCGGGGACAGCUACUGGUACGACUUCAGCCCGGCCCCGCGGUUCCGCUUCGUGGUGCUCGACGCCUACGACGUGAGCGUGAUCGGGCGCCAGGAGCGCAGCGAGCGCUACGGUCAGGCACUGCGCCUCUUACUGGAGCACAACGACAACGAGGAGUUGAACAACCCUCCGGCACGACCAGGACUGGAACAGAGGUUUGUAAAGUUCAAUGGAGGAUUCAGUCAAGACCAGCUGCAAUGGUUAGAUAGAUUAUUAACCAUCUCAGAUGAAAAACAUGAGAAAGUCACGAUUGUGAGUCACCUACCAGUGCAUCCCUCUUCUUCAGACCCAAUAUGUCUUGCAUGGAACUAUGAUGAAGUCCUGUCUGUUUUACACUCACACAAGUGUGUUGUGUGUUUCAUGGCUGGUCAUGACCACGAUGGUGGCUACCACAAAGAUUUCUACGGAAUCCACUACCUCACUUUCGAGGGGGUAAUUGAAACCCCACCAGAACAAGAUGCUUUUGGGACUGUUUAUGUAUAUGAAGACAAGAUGAUCCUUAAGGGCCACGGAAGAGUUGCAAGCAGAAUUCUUCAGUAUUUAUGACACAGUAUGGUCAUUAAUGAUGUCAAAUUACUGUUAUCGCAUGAAUUUAUGCAUAUAUUUAAAACAAAAUUCAGAAAUUACACAUGAAGAAAAUAUAACAAGUUGGCUAUUUAAAAUUGACUUUUUUUUUUUUUAAACAGCAGAUUACCA